GACGAAUGAGAAUGCCAAUGUGAAGAAAAAGAAUCACGAGAUCGAGUGUAAACUUUUGAAAGUUAUGAUGGCUGAAAAUAUCCAAAAGCAUGAAACUGUUGAUGUAAAAGCUAAACAUGAGUCGAGUAUUGACGUUGCGACGGAUAAUGGACAGCAACCCGGCUUCGGGCAAAUGAAGCGUAAAAAAAGCGAGAAAGAUUAUUUUAUUGUAGCCAGUCAAACGUCAACAAAGUCGCGUGAAAUGAAUUCUGAUAACUUCAAACAACAAAAAUGGAAUGAAAAUGAAAAUUCGUUACAAGGAAAGCCGUUUCUCUAUCCGGGGGAAAAAUCUGCUUUCCGUCCAACCGAAUCGUUUUUGAAGGCGGGAUCAAAAUUAGCCGGGCCCCUUCCCAGUCGAAUGAAAACAAACAAUAAAAUGAUCGCGUUGGAGCCACGGUUAGACCGCAAUAGAUCAGAUCGGAUACAGGCUAUCGCAAAAGACAGAUCAGCCUUGCGAUCCAGCAACCCCGUUUUUAGACCAGCACGAGGGUUUGGUUCACAAGAAAAGAGAGGUCCGAAUUUUCCAAAGCACGACCCCAAUAACUGCACACCACAGUAAUUCGGUUUGAAGAAGACGAUAAGUGCGUAGAAAUUUAGAGUAUGUGUUAUGUUGAGCAUCCUGUAGCAUUUUUAGUAACGCUCGAUUUUUAUAUUUUACUUAGAUAGAUAGAUAGAUAGAUAGAUAGAUGAUUUAUUUCUUAAAAACUGGCACCCAUAUUGCUGAAAUGAUUAAGAUUACGAAAAUAAGAUUACAUAUAAUACAUACAUAGAUAAAUUAACUAAAUUACAUCUUCAAUGAGUUAAAAGUUAUAAAACUAUUUCUAAAACGUUUGGUAUUAAAGUUAGUAUUGAAUGAA